CUCUCUCUCUCUCUCUCAUUGCAUACAUACACUUAUUUUCUGCCGGUGAAAUACAUACCACCUUGGGCAUUUUCUUGCUAUCUGUAUUGAGGGCUUGUGGGGUCAUUCGAUGCAAAGCGAAACAUGUCACUGCACUGUGACCUGCGAGUUUAUGUCAAUGGUCAACAGACAUUCUUCCUGAACGAGAAAAUCAUAUCGGCAUACUCGGGGAGGUUGAAGAAGAUCAUCAAGCAAGAGAAGAGGAGGACCCAGAUCAAGAAUUCCGGAAUCGAGGUCGACAACUUCCCGGGUGGCUCCGACGGGUUCGAGCUGGUUUUGAGGUUCUGUUACAACGGCGGCAAGAUUGAAAUCACGGUCUCCAAUGUGUCCCUCCUUCACUGCUGUGCAGUCUUCCUGGGGAUGUCCGAAAAGGUCACAGCUUCUAAUCUCCUGCAACAGACUGAGAAGUUCCUGGAAACUAUGUUUUACUGGUCCUGGAAUGAUGUGAUUGCGAGCCUCAAGUGCUGCGAAACAUUCCUCAGCUAUGCAGACUCGGUAGGCCUACUCCCAAAGCUCAUCUGCGCACUGCUGGCAAAAAUCGCUCAGAAUUCAGACCUUAACCGAAUUAAUUCCUCGUCUUCAUCAUCAUCGUCCCCUGAAAUGGCUUCCAGGUUCAGGUUCUCUUCCUCGGCAAAGACGACCCCCGACUCUAAGAGCCCAUUCUCGUCUAGCAAAGCGUGGUGGUUCGAUGAUUUGACCGUCCUGUCUCCACUGAUAAUCGAGAUGGUAGUCAAGAGCUUAGGGGCUCAUGGAAGCGAAAACAACAGCCUGACCCUCACGAGAUUCCUGCUCCAUUACCUCAAGACAGUGUCUCAGAGGAAAGGCAACGUGGCUGGGCUUUCGGCGAGCACAAAGUCCGACUACAUCAGUCUCGCGGAUACGGCAGUUCACGGGGUCAUCCUUGUGGGAAAAACUGCAUUUUCUUGCCGGGGGCUUCUCAGGGUGCUGAGAAUCGUGUCAGGAUUCGGAAUCAGCAAAGAUUGCAGAGUCGGCCUGGAGAGACUAAUUGGCGGGAUGCUUGAUCAGGCAACUCUGGAUGACCUCCUGGUCUCUGGGCAUGACAGAGGUGUUUAUGAUGUGAAUUUGGUGGUGAGGCUGAUUAGGGUGUUUGUUAAUGGCGAUGGCUGGUCCACAGAGGAGAUGAAGAAAGUGGCCAGGUUGGUGGAUAAGUACUUGGGUGAGAUAGCCCCAGAUCAAAACCUCAAGAUCUCUAAGUUUCUUGGGGUUGCAGAGAGCUUGCCGGACUCCGCUAGAGACUGCUACGAUGGGGUCUACAGAGCCAUUGAUAUAUUCCUUGAGUCGCACCCAAGCCUUUCCUUCGAGGAGCGGUCGAGGCUGUGCAGGUGCCUCAACUACGAGAAACUAAGCCUUGAGGCCUGCAAGGACCUGGCAAAGAACCCCAAAGUCCCGCCAAGAAUCACCGUACAAGCACUCAUGUCGCAGCAAUCCUACGUGCCACCUGCCGAAGACUUCCUCCCAGCACAAGUCACCCAAGGGAGCCCCGCGACGAGCGACAGGCAGAUAGUGGUCUAUGGCAGGGUCGACACCGAGAGCGUCGAAGAAGAGAACCAUGACAUGAGGAUGAAUCUGCAGAGGAUGCAGUGGAGGGUGAAUGAGCUGGAGAAGGUGUGCAAGCAGAUGAAGGGUCAGAUGUCCAAGAUAGUGAGGCACCCAAGUAGUAGCAGGAGUUUGCCCAGACUCUGCUGAGAAGAAAGGCCAUGUCUUUUCCUUUUUGACUUUUUUCACUUUUUGACCUUCAACUUUGCAGGGAUGUUUGUGGCUUGAUUUGUAAAAGUUGCAUUCCAGUGUGGUUUGAGAUGGGAAACAUGUAGAGUCGGAGUUUUAUCUGUAAAUUAAUUUACAGGAGGAAUUGUGAUUUUCAAAGAG